ACUGCACCGCCUCCCGCUUGCCUGCCCUUAGGGCCAGAGCUGAUGGCUGGCUUGCAGUUGGGCAGCGAANGAACACGUCAGUCGGAGUGCUUCAACUCCGCUAGAAUGCUGCUAUUGAUGGCGAGAUGGCGUUUAUUGGGCGCCGUCGUGGCGAUUUUGCUCUUUGGCGCCAUGGAACAGGUUUGGGCGACCGGGGCGACGACGGCGCCGGUGUUUGACUUCCUCCAGGACGACGAGAUCAGCGCGCUACCGGGUGCGGAGCAAUUGGAAAUUAAUUUCAGGCACUUUUCGGGAUUUUUCAAAGUUUGUGAUGAUGAUCUGGCUUGCGAUUUNCCGGUGAUAUUCUGGUUUAACGGUGGACCGGGUUGUUCGUCUUUGGAUGGACUGCUGAAUGAGAUGGGCCCGUAUCUGGUGAACGCUGAUGGGAAAACACUACGGGCAAAUGAAUACGCUUGGAAUAAGAUGGCCUCGGUGAUCUAUAUUGAGUCACCGGCCGGUGUCGGCUAUUCGUAUGCGACAGACGGCAACAUUACGACAAAUGAUGACCAGGUAAGGUGCUCUGGCUAUAUGGCUGCGAAAAUGCUAUAUGGCUGCAAAAUUCGUGCAAUUUUUGAAGAUCUGAAGAUAUGUGGCUGUUUCAGAUGUCGCUUUUUCUAUUGA